GAAAUGAAACAAUAGACUACCGCAAAAAAAAGAAAUAUAAUUUUCAGAGUAACUAUGUAAAAACCCGUGGGUAGACUAUGAAUGAAAAGGGUCAGCAGCCAUCGUCAGCGUGUAAUCAACAGUUUGUUCAGUAAAUGAUGUAAAUAAGAGUGACGCCAUUUUAUAUUUACGUAUGUAAUGUACGUAGUCGAGAAGUUAGGGAACGUUCCGCCCGCCCCCGCGACGGUGCCGGCUUGGGCGGGCGGACUGCAACUCUAACAGUCAACCAGCCGAGUUCGAGCCGAAAGCUCGCUCAUAAACUCAAGUGCAACCAAAAAGUUUUGUGACAUAAAUUAAUAUGGCUCCUAGGAACAAGGAACAAGAACAGGAGGUGCUGAACUGGAUCAGCGCCGUCCUUGGAGAGCCCCUCCCCAGCGCCGCCUAUGAAGACUACCUGAAGGAUGGCGUUGUUCUCUGCAAGCUCAUCAACAAACUGGCCCCAGGAUCAGUCAAGAAGAUCCAGGAGAGGGGAACCAACUUCCAGCUUAUGGAGAACAUCCAAAGGUUCCAAGCCGCCAUUAAGAAGUACGGAGUGCCAGAAGAAGAAAUUUUCCAGACCGCUGACCUGUUCGAGAGGCGUAACAUUCCUCAAGUCACACUCUGCUUAUACGCUUUGGGCAGGAUCACUCAGAAGCACCCUGAAUGGACUGGUCCUCAGCUAGGACCUAAGAUGGCGGAGAAGAACGAGCGUACCUUCACUGAGGAGCAGCUCCGUGCCCACGAGUCGGAGCUGAACCUGCAGAUGGGUUUCAACAAGGGAGCUUCACAGUCAGGGCACGGUGGCUUCGGCAACACCCGCCAUAUGUAAUUCACCACCUCAUCGCCACUUUCCUAUGCUUGAGACCAACCGAACUAUUCGGAAUGAAACAGUAUUCUUAUGUAUGUCAAAUGAAGGUCGAAAAUUACGAUUUGUACUCUCUUCCAAGUCGAUGUCUGCAAUGCUUAACAACGUCAAAGAUUGUGUGAUAGUUUUUAAUUGAUUACUAUUAUUAUAGUAGGUACCUAUUAUAACUUCUAACAUCGCUAUACUAUUUUCGUUAAGUAUUUUUUUAUAAAUAUUUAAUUGUAAAUAUUUAACUUUAUCUAAUAAAUAUCGUUUGUAAGUA